CACAGCAGUACAACCUGUAGGAAAUAAAAGAAAAGGAAGUGAGUCACCGACCAGUGGAUUAUACACCCAACAGCUAAGGCAAAUAGAAAACCCGAGUCGAGUCAGUUCAACAACAUGAGCCGUCAGCUGAAGUUCCACUUGCAAGCUCCCGACGACGAGGAGUUCCCAGCGGAUCUGGUGGAGAUUAACCUGAACCCCAACUGCGGCCAGGUCAAGCAGAAGUCGGCUCAGGCCCUGGACCAGCUGCUCCUGGCCACGCCCCCACACAGAGGCUAUCCCUACGGCUAUGCCGAGGACUCCGAGCCGGAGACCUACUUCUGCCGGAAGAGCAACUCCACGGGCCAGCUGGCCGAGAAGGUAUCGCCUCCGCCACCCGCGGCCACCAACAUCAGUUGCCUCCGCCAGAUGUACUGUCCGGAGUGCCACGAGCGAUUGCACGAGCAGGGAGUGCGCCUGGAGCGACUCCUUACCAUGUGCUGCUUCGCCCUGCUGCCAAUCUAUCCCUGCUGCCCGAGGCGCUCCACCAACGAUUGCAAGGUCAUCUGCGGCAAGUGUGGAUACCUCUUGGGGGCAUGGAAAAGACAGUGAGGCGGUGGGAAUGGGGGCGUGGGUUGGGG